AUGGAACGGCGGUUAGCCCAAUUCCGGGAGGCCCGGAACCGAGCCGGGCCGGAGGCCCAGCCCCCGACUUGGAGCCCGAGCUCACAGACCUCGGGAGAGAAAGCGGAAGCAGCUGCGACUGCAAAGGCAAGCCCGGGCUGGCUAAAGCGGUUCCUAGUGUGGAAACCGUGUCCCGCCAGUGCCCGGGCCCAGCCCAGCCUCGCUCAGGAAGCGGCUCAGCCUGGGAGCAGCACAUCACAGCCACCUCAGAAUACGGCCAUUCCUCCGCCAUCGCGCUGGGAUCAGUCUUUCCUGACCAAUAUCACCUUCUUGAAGGUUCUUCUCUGGUUGGUCCUACUGGGACUGUUUGUGGAACUGGAAUUUGGCCUGGCUUAUUUUGUCCUGUCCUUGUUCUACUGGAUGUAUGUCGGGACACGAGGCCCUGAAGAGAAGAAGGAGGGAGAGAAGAGCGCCUACUCUGUGUUCAACCCAGGCUGUGAAGCCAUCCAGGGCACCCUGACUGCAGAGCAGCUGGAGCGCGAGUUACAGUUUGGACCCCUGCAGGGGAGAUAGGACCCAGCUC